CGAUAGACCCGCGCGGAGCGGGGGGCUCUGGGCAGGUGGUGUGGCCGGAGGACCGACUGUCGGGGGCCUGGGGAGUCGUCUCUUGCCAGUGACAUCUGAUGUCCCAGCAAAUGGCAUUGCCCACUACGAUGCUGAAAAACUACUCCUGAGGUCCCAGCAGCGACACGGCUAACAUAGAUUUGGUUCACACUCUGCUGGGUAGACCCUGAGCAGGAGUGAUGCCUCCAGGUAGGUGGUAUGCUGUCCAUCCAGCUCAGGCCCAGGCUUCAAGGGAACGAGGGCGUCUUCAGAUGGUAAAGAAGGAAGAAGAGGAUGAAGGCUACACUUCAGUGCAGGCUGCCAGGCCACAGACACUCAACCGUUCUGGCCAGGAACUGUUUCGCCAGCUCUUCAGGCAGCUUCGUUACCAUGAAUCUUCUGGGCCUCUAGAGACUUUCAGCAGGCUCCGGGAGCUCUGCCGCUGGUGGCUGAGGCCUGACAUUCUCUCCAAGGCCCAGAUCCUGGAGCUGCUGGUGCUGGAGCAGUUCCUGAGCAUCCUGCCCGGGGAGCUCCGGACCUGGGUACAACUGCAUCACCCUGAGAGUGGUGGGGAGGCUGUGGCCCUGCUGGAAGAGCUGCAGAGGGACCUCAAUGGGACACCAUGCAGGGACCCAGCCCUUGCUCAGAGCCCAGAUGUACGUUGGAUGGGUACAGGAGCCCUGCGAGCCUCACAGAUAUGGCCCCCUGCUUCACCUCUCAGGAGCGACUCUACUCUUGGGGACCCCCUGGAGCCUCCCUAUGAAAGAGGAGUGUGUGACCUCCUGGCUGGGCAAUCCGAGCCUCCUGUUGCCCAGGUGCCUGCCCUUUCCCAGAGAGAGGUGUGUCCAGGAGACCCAUUGACAUCCCAGCCUCGGGAGGCUGUGACUUUCAAGGAUGUGGAAGUGACAUUCUCUCAGGAUGAGUGGGGAUGGCUGGACCCUGCUCAGAGGAACUUGUACAGAGAUGUGAUGCUGGAGAAUUACGGGAACGUGGUUUCUCUAGUGGGACCAUUCACCAAACCUGUUCUGAUUUCCUGGUUGGAAGCAAGGGAGCCAUGGGGCCUGAAUGUCCAGGGAGCUCAGCCUAAGGGGAAGCCAGGUGUUGCCCCUGCAGGAGGUGAGCUCCAGAUUAAAACAAACAAGUUCGCCUUAAAACAUGAACCUUUGGAAGAAGCAGAAACCUUAGCUGUGCCAUCAGAAUGUUGGAUGAUUGUUUCUGAGGGAAUGGGGCUCAGAGAAUCUUUUGAGCAGAAGAGCAGGCUAAAGGAACAAUGUGGAAGUCCCAUACAAGUAAGAGUUAAGAAAGAAGAGACCAAUUUCAGUCAUAGGACAGAAAAAGAAUCUGAAGAAUCAGGAAGAAGUACUAGUCGUAAUUUAAAACAUGCCACAUAUUUGAGAGUUCCCAGAAGAAAGCGAUCCCUUAAACAUGGCUGUAGCCGACACUUCCGAGGGAGUGCAUACCACUAUGACUACAAGGAAUAUGGGAAAGGGCUCAGGCGCAUAGUUGGCGGAUUUAGCUUACACCAGAGAAUUCAUGCUGGACUAAAAGCAAAUGCAAAGGAUGCACGUGGGAAAGACUUCAGCCUUAGCUCACAUCACCAACAUGGGCAGGAUCUUCACAUGGUGGGGACAUCAUAUAAGUGCAGUGACUGUGGGAGGACCUUCAGUCAUAGCUCUCAUCUUGUAUGUCAUCAGAGACUUCACACUCAAGAGAAACCAUUUAAAUGCAGGGUGUGUGGGAAAGCCUUCAGGUGGAGCUCAAACUGUGUACGACACGAAAAGAUUCACACUGGAGUGAAACCUUAUAAGUGUAGUUUAUGUGACAAGGCUUUCCGACGUAUGUCUGCCUACCGUUUACACCAAGAAACCCAUGCUAAGCAGAAAUUUCUUGAGUCUAAUCAGUAUGAGGAAGCUCUCACCUAUGGCUCAGGAUUUGAUCAUCAUUUGAGAGACCAAAGUGGGGAGAAACCCUUUGACUGCAGCCAGUGUAGGAAAUCCUUCCACUGUAAAUCAUAUGUUGUUGAACAUCAAAGGGUCCACACUCAGGAGAAACCUUAUAAAUGUACCAAAUGUAGGAAAACCUUUAGGUGGAGAUCAAACUUUACUCGUCAUAUGAGAAUGCACCAGGAAGAAAAGUUCUAUGAUCAAGACACAUGUAGAGAAGACUUCAGACAGACCUCCAGCUGCAGUCAGUCCCAGAAUGCCCUGGCUACAGAGAAAGCUUUUCCUUGUCAGCAGUGUGGGAAAACUUUUACUCGAAAGAAAUCCCUCAUUGAUCAUCAGAGAAUUCACACAGGUGAGAAACCAUACAGAUGUAGUGAAUGCAAAAAAGAGUUUACCCAUCGGUCAGCCUUUAUUGCUCAUAAGAAGCAGCAUGCCAUUCAGAGAAAACCUGAGGAUGGGCCAUCGUUUAGUCAGGACAGAGUUCUACAAGUUCCUCAGAGCAGUCACACCACAGAGGAAGCCUACAAAUGUAGCCAGUGUGGCAAAGCCUUCCGUAAUCACUCAUUCCUCCUCAUCCAUCAGAGAAUUCAUACCAGAGAGAAGCCUUAUAAGUGUAGAGAAUGUGGGAAAGCUUUCAGAUGGAGUUCUAACCUCUCCCGUCAUCAGAGGAUUCACUCUUUAGAAAAACAGUACGAGUACCGUGAAAGUGGAAACACGCCAAAUCUGCAGCCACAAAUCCUCACUGGUGAGAAACCGUUUUGGUGCCAAGAAUGUGGGAAAACUUUUACACGUAAAAGAAGUCUUUUAGAUCAUAAGGGAAUACACAGUGGAGAGAAGCGCUAUAAGUGUAAUCUGUGUGGGAAAUCUUAUGAUAGAAAACAUCGCCUUGUUAAUCAUCAGAGAAUCCACACUAAAGAGAGACCUUUUAAAUGUCAGUGGUGUGGGAAAGAUUUCAUUGGAAGACAUACCCUCUGCAUUCAUCAGAGAAAACACACCAGAGUGGCACAGUCUGAAUGCAGCCUGGCUGGGUUGUCUUCCUGCCAGGACACAGCGGUGAGUUUACAGGAAUUAAAACCAAGUGGGGAGAAGCCCCUUGAAGAUUCUGAGGAAGCUUGUGAUCAGAGCUCCAGGAUCACUGGACUCCAGAACAUACCCAUUGGGAAAAAGUGCCACAAGUGUAGCACCUGUGGGAAAACUUUUAACAAAAGCUCACAGCUCAUUAGCCACAAGAGAUUUCAUACUCGAGAGAGGCCCUUCAAAUGCAGAGAGUGUGGGAAGACCUUCAGGUGGUCUUCAAAUUUGGCUCGGCAUAUGAAAAACCAUACUAGAGAUUAGCUUGGGGUCUGAGAGUGGGGGGAGAGGGGUUCCUAGCAGCCCUGCUAGAGAACCCUUAAUUAUAGGCAAUAUGGGGAAAAGCUUCACAAAGGGUCUAGCCCUUUCUAUUUUCGAAUCUGGUGGCAGAGAAUCCUGAGGAUUCAAAACCUCAGGGCAUCCCCUUUCUUACCUGCUGGGGAGUGUGAUGCUGGGGAAGAACAGCAACCUGUUCUUUGGGGCCCUUCUGGAGGCUUGGGCCCCUGAAGUGGCCUUUGCACAAUGGUCUGGAGCCUCCACCCAGAUAAUAAGUCAAAAAGCAGAUACUAUUGCCCUUUGUAGUUUGACAAAAUGUCUGUGAUGUAAUGGGCUGUGGCUGCUGGGAAGGGACCAGUUGAAUCCUGUGGUAGUGCAUAUUCUGUUUGACCUUAUAAGCAGCAGCAGUAGCAGCAAGAACUCCUAGUCUUCCCCAGAUGCCUCCUGGGAGUUCUGGCUGCAGCUUUGGCCUUCAUAUCUCGCUUGGACAUCUGCUGUGGGCAUAGAGUUGUCUCAGCAGCACAUGGAGGAGAGCAGGUUUGGACUCAAUCACCUGGAGAAUGGGGCUCUUCCAGUGCCCUGUCGCUGUCUCCACCCCACAGUCUGCAUGGCAACAGCAGGCCGUCUGUUCAACAGAAAUGUGCUGAGCACCUCCCAUAUGCCAGACACUGUUGUGUAUGCUAGAGACCCAGCAGUGACCAGAAUAGACAAAAGAUCUGCCAUCUUGGAUCUUUACAGACAAUAAACAAAUGAGUUAUAUAGUACUUCAGAUGGUGAUAUGUGUUGUGGACAGAAUGAAUCAGAGAAAAGUGAGAAGCAGUGCUGGAUUAGGAGGUGGGUCAUGAUUUUAAGUAGGCUGGUUAGGGAGGACUUCAACUGAGAAGGUGAAACUUGAGCAAAGACCUGAAGGAGGUUAGGGCAUGAACCCUGUGGGUCUCUAGAUCCAGGCACAGGAGGUGGAAUCUUGUCUCCUGUCCUUGGAGAAUGUCAGUGAAGUCCCUGGGCUAGAGUGGAGUGAGCCAGCAGAAGAGAGGGCCCCAGAGGUAGCGGGCCACGCCAUGUAUCAUCAUGGGUCCCCACUGGGGCUAGAGCUUCCUCAAAGGGAGGUAGGGAGCUUUUGGACAGUUUUGAGUUGAGGAGUGAUGUUACUGAAUCUGAGUUACAUUUACAAGGUUAACCACAGACCCAGGGACUCUGAAAUUAUAUAGCUGAAAGAUUUUUAUGCAGUUAUCUCUGCUCUCAGUUUCCAGUAAUGGAACUCUCUCCUCUCCACUCAAAGGGCCUGAAUUUUUUAUAAGACCUCUAGCUCUCCACAGUUGUAAACAUUUAAUUAUUGUGCUUGCUUGCAUCUCUUAACUUGUGCACACUAUGGGGCCCCUCUAACCUUUCGUGUAGCUUUCUUCGCAUGUUGGAUCCGGUGCUGGCAUUGGGUUCAACCCAAAGGUACCAGUUCCCAUGACUGAUGCCCUCUGGAGAAAAGGUGGCCUGGUGGGGGAGGCACCUCCAUCUCGCUUGCUAGCUUGACUUGAAACAAAAAGAAUUAGCUCAGUGGCAUAAGGAUAAAGGAGUGACUUUUCUAAAAUUUGUGUAAGUAGUCAUUGCUUCUGAUGAUUGAAGAGCUCACAUUAUGAAUAUAAGAAUAAAAUAUCUCACUUGAUAGUAGAGGACCAUCUCAGACUACAUUUUACUGCUCUGAGUUGGGGCACACCAGUGGGGCAGACCAUUUCUUGUAAUACAAGAGAAGAAACCGACCUGGAAAAUGUCCUCUCAAUAGAGUACAAGUAAUCUUAUCCUUUCUGGAUUGAUGUGGGCAAGUGAAAAUGAAGACUUUGAUACUUUGUGGUGAUGUCACAUGGAGUAGUCAGAGGUUGGGGAGAAGGGGCAGACAUAUGUUCGUGUUCUGGCCCCUAUUCAGCUUUGUACUCAGGAGGGUUUGGUAAUCCUGGCUUUGCAUCCUUUUCCUACAGCAGCAGCUGCCCAUGGCAUGGAAUCAGGUGUCCCAUCAGUGGUAUAGUACCAAAAACUAGUUCUAGAAGUGGCUGGGCAGGGAUCACAGUCCCAUGUGCUGAGGCCACAGGGUCAUGGGGAGGGCCUUGGAGUUACCAGAUCUGGGUUCCAGGCUCAGUGUGCCUUUUCUUGGCAGGAUGAUCUUGGACAAGUCGCUGAACAUCUGCAUCUAUUUUCUGGCAUGUAAAGUUAGAGUAAUUAAGCUCCCUGAUUCCUAGGAUUGGAGAAAGAGGGCUUGGUUUGCAAAGGCUCUGGGUUAGGUAGCUGAUCUCUAAGACCAGAGCCCUCACAGAGCUGCAGCUCCAAGUCAGCUUUGGCUUCAAAUCUGGUGCUACAACCAAGGAAAUACCUCUUUUCUGUUAAUAUUUUCACAUCCCCCCCAACUCCUUGUGCCACUGUCACCUCACAGAGUUCCUGCCCCAAUAGGGGUUUUGUACUGCCAUUUUUAUAAAGUGAGAUGUACUUAUUUUUAAACAUUCAAACCAAAUUUUCAAGUGUACAAAGAAGUAAAAAUCAACAGAAAUCCCUCUAUACUGAGGUAAGCCUUUAAUAUUUUGGGAUUGUACUGAUGGGGUCUGUUCAGUAACCUGAAUUUUUAAAUAAUUUUAAUUAUAUGAGUAAUAUAUUAUUAUAGAAAUAUUAGUAAAUACAGCUUAGCUAAAAGGAGAAGUCUCACUACUUGCAGCUAACUACUACUAAACAUUUUGGUGCAAUCAUCGUACCAGUCAUUGUUGGAUUUAACUUUCACUGUCUGCCCCUGAACACCCCUGGACUGGCCUGACUUGUGCUGUCUCCCUUCACCAGGAGUGUAGACCAUAUCUUUGCUGGCUCAGGUCCUCAUCCAUCAAGAUUAACCCUUGCCAUCCCUAACCCUUGUCUGUCUUUAAGACCUCUCCCCUGGCCCCACCUCUCUUGGAGCCUGUGUCUUACUCUGCUGGGUGUUGUCCAGGUUUCCAAGAAUUAGGCCUGCUACUGCAGCAGAUAGGGCACUCUGGAGGCUGGGUUGGGUGCUUAUUUAUCUGUUUGCCAUACAGAGAUUUUGUACAAGAUUACCUCUAUUAAGGAAUAUGGAAUUGAAUUUAGUUCAGCUAAGUCAGGAUUGGAGUGUUUUGAAGGGGUCCUGAGUACAGUGUUGACUGGAGGUUACCCACAAGCGCACUAGUUAGCACCAGCUUAGGUGGUUCCAAGCCAUGUGGCUCCAGUUGAAAAUUUCUGACUGCCUCAGCCACCAGUUCUCCUGUCAUACCCCAUUCUGGCCUGGAGAAUAUGUAGGCUUCUUUGAACCCUGCCUUGCUUUCUUUUGCUGCCUAGGAAGAACCGAAGUUGGAGCUGAGGAGAGCCAGAGGGCUGGGACUCCCAGAGAGGAGUAGGUAUUGGAAAGUCUUUGAAUCAGUUCAGAUGGUUGACCCCUGCCUUGCUGAUAGAGCAUCAGCCCACACAGAGACAUGUAUGGAGAAGAAAGCACAGGAAAUACAGGUUAAUAGGGACUUCUCACACUCCUCAAGAUGACAAGUUUUACAAGCCCUAGCAUGGGUACAUGUGUAGAACAGUGGGAAUUCAAUGUGGUGGGAGUGGAAAUUUUGUAAUGGGUCCUAUGCCAUGCAGUCUGCAAAAUCUUGUACUGUGCAUACCACCAGCCAUUCUGCUCCUGGAUAAACCCUAGAAGAACUUCAUGUAGGGAGGAACAUUUGUAUAAAACUGUUCAUUGCAGUAUUGUGUAGGUAGCAAGACUGGGAAAAGCCCAAAUGUCCAUCAACAGAAAAAAAAAGGGGGGAGGGUUGUUUUGGUACUUUCGGAAGUGAAUACGAAAGAGCUAGAGUUUCAUCUUUCAACAUAGAUAAAUCAGAAAUGCUGAGAAAGUUGCAGAAGUUAUGUACAAUAUGCCAUUUAUGUAAAAUUAAAUAUACUGUGUAUCUGUAGGCACAUUAUUUAAACUUAAAUUUGUGUUUCACUUUUUUAA